AUGGCAUCUGAACCUACCACCCCCGUCCGCGUAUCCAAAAGCGCCGCAAAUUACACUCCCACAACCCAGGAUCCAGAUUUACGGUCGCAGAUAAAUACCAUAUUAUUGAAAGAUGGGCAUGUUGCCAAAAUCCAAGAAACCCUCCUCCACGCCCUCCACUCCUCCCCCACCAACUGGCCCACCCUAAUCCAAACCCACGCCCUCACCCUCCUACGCUCAGGAGACUACACCACCUUCCCGCUUCUCAUCGCCAAAGUCCUCGAAGACAUCCGCGCCGACACACUUGCGCUCUCCCAAACUCCUGAUUCGUCGAGUGCCUCCUCCACCAACGGCGUCAACGGAGUAACAUCAUCCGACAAGGACAAGGAUAAAAAAGAAAAGGAAAAAGAUACCUCACUCAAAGGUCGCGGUGAGCGCGGUCAAAAUCUAGCGCUUCCGAAAAGUGUCGUGGAUGAGGGAGUGAGAAUCACGAGAGAGUCGCUCGAAGCCGUGUGUGAAGUUGUGGAGUGA